AGCAGAGACGGGGUUUCACUAUGUUGGCCAGACUUGUCUCGAACAUCUGACCUCAGGCAAUCUGCCUGCCUCAGCCUCCCAAAGUGCUGGGAUUGCAGGCGUGAGCCACUACGCCCAGCCUUGGUUAUCUUUUAUACACUGAUGAGAGCAAUGUGACAUGUUCAUAAUUUACUGGGUUUUAACUAUUUUUUGAAAGAUGUUUGACUUUUGAACUAUCCAAAUCUUUAAUAAUGAUCAUUGUCAGGAGUUUCUACUGUAUAUUGCAAAUUAGUUUACAUAUCAGAAUUUUGUAAUCAUUAUGAAUUAAACACUUCAUAACUUUCCAAGUUCUGUUACAUGUCUUUAAGCUAGUAUUGAUUAAUGGACUUUUAAUCAAGUGUUUGACUAUGUAACUGCCAAGUAAGAAACUUAUCAACUCAGUUCCAUUACUGUGUUUCUCGUGCUUCUAAAUACUCUUACUAGAAAACAGUAGGAUGCUAGUUUAUAUAAACACUUCUCACAAUAUUAAAUUGCAUGUUGCUUGGGAAAAGAUUUGUGGGAUUUAUUUUAGAUGAUGUCUGGACUAUGAAAGCAUUUAAGAUUCAGAGAGGCCUAGCAUGUAGUUAUCCAUUUAAAAAUUAUAGCAGAUAUAUUUGUAGGGCACAUUUCAAGUCCUUACAUUUCAAAUUUUAGGAUGCAUCAUGAAAAAUCUUGUCAGAAGCAUUUGAAAAAAUUGAUAUUCUUUUAAUGAUGGGCAUGGACUUCUGACUCAAGUCAAGAUUUCUACCUAUGUUGAGCAUCUACUUUGUAUCAGUACUUUUUCUAGGUGAUUGGGACACAUCAGAAAUAAUGGUCCUUGCCCUCUUGAAUAGCUUGCAUACUAUUCUAGUAGGAAGGGGAACAGAAAUAAGCAAUAGGUACAAUAAAUUAUUGAGUAGCAUGUUAGAAUAUAUGCUAUGGGAAAAAUUAAGGGGAAUUGGGUGGCUAUCAUUUGAGAGUGAUCAGGAUAGGCCUGUUGAGCCAAGACUUGAAGAAAGUGAUGACCCUGGGUGCUAUGCUGAAAAUAGAUAAUAAGGAUAGAAUCAGGGAGACAAGUUAGGAGGCCAUUGUAAUCCAGCGGGGGGAUAUGAUGGUGAUUUGGAUCAGGGUGGUAAUUAAGGAAGUAGAAUCCAGAUGUAGUUGAAGGCAUAACCAGUGGGAUUUCCUGACUAAAUGUGUAGAUCGAAUAUUGGGAAAGAAAAAAAUCAGAAGGCAGGCAUGCUUCUAUGCCCUUGAAGGCCUGGGGCAAGAGUACAAUGGAGAUACCAUAUGUUUAAAUAUUUAAAAGUUCUGUUUAAUGAAAAUAUGCCCAAUGUACCUGUCUUGACAAACUUUCAUUAGAACUGGGAAGCCAGGUUUGUAUUUAUGCCAGAACAUAACUUGGGGAUAGAGCUGACCCUCAGCCCAUGUCCCACCUUCCUUUUCUUCCCACCCCGGCUCUGAACUGUAUGGCAAGGGGCCUCCUGCAUAUUUACUUGGAUGCCAUAACAAGUAUAUUCAAACCGUCCCAUCCCCCUAACACAUCAGUGCAUGCAAUGAUGAUGUAAUGCAUUUCCUGGAACAGCCGGGGCUAUUCUGGGCAGGGUAUUUGGGGUCCUGAGUACCUAGAGUGUAGUGCAGAAUGAGUAUGCCCUCUAGAUGACAUGUCAUUUUGACUCUAAAGCGCUCAAUCCUAAAGCUCAGGGCCUUGGUAGGGGCCUUUCCUGGCCUGGUGUAAGGGCAGUACUGAUUUAGGGUUUUUAAUUUGAGCAUCUGUACAGAGGAUUGCUGUCAACCGAGAAAGGGGGCUGCAGGUAGAAUAGGUUAGGGUGAGGAAGAUAGUUUGGGAGCUCAUUCACACGUUUUAUCUUAGAUUACACAGGCAGUACUGUAGAGAAGUGUAAAUGGAGAAUUUUCAACUUAUAGUAGCACUCACUGGCCUAGAAUAUAUAAAAAGCGAGGGCUGUUUUUCACUGUAGUUAAUUCUAACCUAUAAACUGGAGCAGUUCCAUGUAGGAAUUUGUUAUAACCUAUUGUGUAUGAAUUAUAGACUCCUCUGACCUAUCCAGAGUGUUGUUUUUCAGUUUUGUUUUGUUUUUUUCCUAUGACCUAAAAUCCCCUCAGACUUAAGCCUCUAGUGAACUACUCAGUAAAUGGCUUUACUAGUAAGUGUUCCCCUGCCUGGUAUGUUUAUUAUUUUUUAACUUCAGUGGUUUAUUCUUCAGCAGUAAGCAGUUGGGGGUAUAAAUUUGGGACUCUGGCAUAUGGAUGUUAUUAAAAGUGAUGAGACUGGAUAUCAACAAGGGAAUGAGUGUAGAUAAAGAAGAGAGCCAAAGACUAAGACUUGGGGCAUCCCAAGAUUAAAAGGUUGGAGAGAAGAGAAAGAACCUCGUAGAGGAGAUACCAGAGUGAUGUCCUUGAAGCCAAGUGAUAAACUUUAUCCAAGAGAAGAAAAUGAACUGUCCAAUGUUGCUGAUAGACAACUUGAUAUUGCCAACUGUAAAAUGUACUUUGAAUUAGCCAUUUCGAAUUUGUUUACCAAAGCAAUGAUUUUGUUGACUAGUUUUCUAAACUUCAGUAACUUUUAAGUGACUUGUAGGUUUUCAUUGCAUACACAGCUGAAUUUUUUUUUUUUUUAAACAGGGUCUUGCUGUCGCCCAGGCUUGUUAUAGUGGUGCGAUCCUAGUUCCUGCAACCUUGAACUUCUGGGCUCAAACAGUCCUCCACCUCAGCCUCCCAAGUAGCUGGGACUACAGGCGCAUACCACCACACCUGGCUAAUUUUUGUUUACUUUUGUAGAGGGAGGCCUUGCCAUGUAGCCCAGGUUGGUUUCAAACUUCUGGGCUCAAGGGAUCCUCUUGCCUCAGUCUUCUAGUGUGUGUAUUACAGGUAUGUGCCACCAUGCCUGGCCCAAAGCUUUUUUUUUUUUUUUUUUUUUAAGUUCUGUAAUGCAUUUUCUGUGAAUUUAUUGUCUUAAAAAAUUGGCAAAUAUGGCCAUUUUGACAUAUUUGCCAAAUAUUAGCAUAUGGCAACUAUGCUCUUAAUUUGUUAAGUCACCAACUGUUGGUGAUGACUGUUGAAAUAACAAGAGCACAGUUGUCACCAGUCUCCAGGAUCCUUACACUACUGUUAUUUUCAAUAAUGCCCCAUAGUCAGACGUUGUAGACUUAACCACUGAGCUGCUCACAAAAUCACUACAUCAUUGUGAAAUAUGUAACUGGAAAUUCUGGGCUUUAAAGUCUCCAGUUAUAAUUAAAUGGGUGAUUUUGAAAAUUGUGGUGGCUGUUCAGACAUUUUCAAAUGAGACUAGAACGCAUUUGUUUCAGACUGAUAAGCUGCAGAAGGUUAGAUAACACCAAAUACAUUUGGGUUUCUCCUUAGAAAAUGAUUUGGGUCUCCAGAUUACAUCUCAUUUUUUUUUACCCUAUCAAGUUUGUUUUUCCAUAUGAAAUGUCUUUUCCAACUACACCUGCCCUUGGAGACUGUGAAUAACAGACUUAAAGGAAGUAUCCUUUCCAGAUGAGCUGAAGAAUGUCAUCCUCUUAAAAGAAUGAACAGCUGGUCAUGUAGAAAUUCUCUGGAAUGCUCACUUGUCCUACAAAGGCAGGGGGCAGAAAGCAUGUUUGUAGUUUUUUUGUUAUUGGUAUACAUAAUUGUAAAUCUUUGAGACAUAAUUUUACUAGAAAUCCACAUAAUUUUAAUAAUUGCCUUUCUCCUGGAAAGAUGGCUAAUCAGUUAACAAUGUGAAGGCUAGAAAGCUGGCCAAGCAUAAUUUAGUGGGAUUCAGGAUUGCUGGCUGGAUUGUCCCGUUUGAUCAGACCAUGUUUCUUAGAUGAAGAUUCAGGACGCCCUCGUGUAUAAAAGUUAUCCUUUGUUCUGAUUACGUUGGUAUUAAGUUCGAAUUUCUUACCAUGACACACAAAGGAUUCGACUCUUGCUUAGCUGUCUAAGCUCCUCUCACUUUCUCUUCCCCUCUUGAAUUCUUUGCUCUUGCCACACAACUAGCAGAUGAGCUAAUCUAUCUGUUCCAAUGUGGGCACAGUAGCAGCCCUUCCUCUUACCUUGGCCCACUCUGACUUGUCCAGCCCUGGUUUAAUUCUUCGUGAGGGUCCGCACGUAGUUGGGGCUGUUUACUAAACGGAUGAAUUUCCCUACCGGGAGGCUAGGUCUCCGUUAUGCUUUAAUUCCCAGGAAGCGGCUUCUAUAGGCAUUGUUUAAAUGUAAGGACUAGGAGGGAGCUGGGGGUAUUGCAUUCCCCAGGUCACAGAUAAAUGAGAUUCCAAAACCAACAUCUGGCUAGGCGCUUGGAAAGAGGGACCCCCGAGGUCGACCAGGCGUUUAGAACUGUGCCUUGCAGUGUGGGAUCUCAGUACCGGAUAUUACCCCGGUUUGUAGAGUUACUGUUUAAGAGACGAUGAACACCGUAAGGACGGGUCAAGAAGAAAGCCGAAGACGGGUUAGCGCCUCCGGUCGGGGUAGAGAAAAGGCAGGCGAAAUGCGACCUGACGUGGGUCAGCCUUUCUCCACCCGUGGCAAACCCGACAGUCGCACCAUUGCUUUAACAAUCGCCCUCUUUCCAAGAAGAGCUACUUAGUGACCGUGAGCGAAUAUGCCUGGGAAGACACGAUGUCCUCUCGGCCUCUGUGCGCUCACUUGUUUACCUAGGCGUCCGGGGGAGGCACACUCGCGGGACUCGCGGGACGCGGCCCCGGCCUCCCGGCUCACGCAGGCUACGACGCUGGUUCUGCGAAUCCCCAGGGCUAAUUCCCAAGAACGGAGAGACAGCACAGCCUGGAGGCUGCCCCCGCCUCCGCGCCCCUGUCCUCACUUUCUGAGGCUGUUAACAGAAAGCCCCGUGGGCCGGGGAGAGGCGGGACGCGGGGGAUGGCUUCGCAGCGCCCUGUGAGCGUCGGCUUUAGUCGUCAGGCAGCCAGGACUCCUUGGGCGAUCGCCCUGGGUGGAGGAGAGGAGUUUCCGGGGCUCGGGUCCGGGUCGCCUUCCAGGGGAACAGGCACGGAAGCAAGUGGGCGGCGAGAGGCGGAGCGAGGGACGCGGGGGGCGUGGACGCAGCCGGCUUUGGAAAGGCCCCAAGUUAAUGAGGCGUGCGCCGGCUGCCGAGCGCCUUUCGGAGCUGGGCUUUCCCCCGUGGUGCGGGCGCCAGGAGCCGCCUUUUCCGCUGGGUGUCACUCGGGGGUGGGGAAGAUGGCCCAUUCAAAAGCGCCGCGAGGGGGCCCGGCCAGUGCCCUUCAGUGAGCGCUCGCAAGAGGACGGCAGAGGCCCGGCAGCUCGCGGCUCCGGGACUUUGUGGCGCAUCAGGACGCGGCUGUCCCUCUGCCGGGACCCACAGCCGCCGCCGCCGCUCUGCCUUCUGCGUGUUAGCCUCCUCUGCGCGCUCCGGGCAGGCGGCCGUGGGAGCCGCUGGGGCGAGGACGGCGCGCGGCUGCUGCUGCUGCCCCCGGCCCGCGCGGCUGGAAACGGAGAGGCCGAGCCAAGCGGCUGCCCCUCUUAUGCUGGGAGGAUGCUGGAGAGCAGCGGCUGCAAAGCGCUGAAGGAGGGCGUGCUGGAGAAGCGCAGCGACGGGUUGUUGCAGCUCUGGAAGAAAAAGUGCUGCAUCCUCACCGAGGAGGGGCUGCUGCUCAUCCCCCCCAAGCAGCUGCAACACCAGCAGCAGCAACAGCAGCAGCAGCAGCAGCAGCAGCAGCAGCAGCAACAGCCCGGGCAGGGGCCGGCCGAGCCGUCCCUACCCAGUGGCCCCGCUGUCGCCAGCCUCGAGCCGCCGGUCAAGCUCAAGGAACUGCACUUCUCCAACAUGAAGACCGUGGACUGUGUAGAGCGCAAGGGCAAGUACAUGUACUUCACUGUGGUGAUGGCAGAGGGCAAGGAAAUCGACUUUCGGUGCCCGCAAGACCAGGGCUGGAACGCCGAGAUCACGCUGCAGAUGGUGCAGUACAAGAAUCGUCAGGCCAUCCUGGCGGUCAAGUCCACACGGCAGAAGCAGCAGCACCUGGUCCAGCAGCAGCCCCCCUCGCAGCCGCAGCCGCAGCCGCAGCCGCAGCUCCAGCCCCAACCCCAACCCCAAUCCCAGCCUCAGCCUCAGCCUCAGCCGCAACCCCAGCCCCAAUCACAACCCCAGCCUCAGCCCCAACCCAAGCCUCAGCCCCAGCAGCUCCACCCGUAUCCGCAUCCACAUCCACAUCCACAUCCACACUCUCAUCCGCACUCGCACCCACACCCUCACCCGCACCCGCACCCGCACCAAAUACCACACCCACACCCACAGCCGCACUCGCAGCCGCACGGACACCGGCUUCUCCGCAGCACCUCCAACUCUGCCUGAAGGGGGCAGCUCCCGGGCCAGACAAGGUUUUGAGGACUUGAGGAAGUGGGACGAGCACAUUUCUAUUGUCUUCACUUGGAUCAAAAGCAAAACAGUCUCUCCGCCCCGCACCACAUCAAGUAGUUUGGACAUCACCCUACUGAAAACUUGUGAUUCGUCUUAGUUUUCUGCAUACUUUUCAUCACGAUGCAGGAAACGAUUUCGAGUCAAGAAGACUUUUAUUUAUGAACCGUUGAAAGGAUCGUCUAGUAUGGUGAAUUUUCUAGGAGCGAUGAUGUACUGUAAUUUUAUUCUAAUGUAUUUUGAUUUAUGAUUAUUUAUUAGUUUUGUUUUUUUAAAUGCUUGUUCUAAGACAUUUCUGAAUGUAGGCCAUUUUCCAAAAAGGAAACUUUAUUUUCAAAAACCUAUUCCAUAGUAAGUCCUAGUCUUGGAAAAUAAAAAAGGGCGGUGGAGGGGAAAACAUUAAGAAUCUAGUCAUUAUUCCUGGAGUACUUUCAGAAGGUAUGACACUUUCAUUGUUAUGCCAAGUGGUUGAAAUUAAAACUCCGAUACUACUUUUUUUGAGGAUUUUUGUUUUUGUUUUUGCUUAGACAUAUAGUUUGUCUAGAAGUUUAAAAAAGCUAAAAGUUCAAAAUGGUGUAAUUAUGAAUAUCUAAUGCUCAAGAUAGUUGCUAAAAGGAAAUCAGUAGUAGGGAUACCUGAUUUCAAAAUAUUUAAAACAUAACCUAACUGAUGAUGGUAGGAUGAUUGUAUCUUGAAUAUGUGGUAGGGCCACAACUACUGUAGGAAAACCUCUUAUCAUCUGUGUGUAAAGGGCUUAACAAGGAGAAGAGGUCUUUUGACUGAUUUAUGAGUAUAAAUGCAUUUGCUGUUUCAUUUCAAAAAUGUUGUGGAGGAAAAUAGUAUAUUUAACUUGUGUAAGAGAAUAUUUGUGCUCCUGUCCAGGCUGCAGGACCUUUCUCCGAGAGGUUUGCACACUUGAACCACAUUUUCUGAUCCCUUUACUUUGUUUUAGAAGCACACUGAAAAAUCUCAUUGUUUAAAGUACAAUUUGUAAAUAUUUCAAAGGUCUAGGCGUCAUAACUUUUUGUUUUCAUACUGAAAAUGAUGUUGAUCAGAGAAACCAACUGUUUUGCUUUUCAUUGCUCUGUGAGAAAUUUGAGGAUUCUGUUUUGUUGUUAGGUUAGCUAAAUCAGAAAUUGAAAAGGAAAAGACUGGAUAAACACAGGAUUUUCAGUAAGAAAACAACCCCAGUCUUGUCUUAGAAGCCACUUGUUGAGGAGUCUGGGGGGGGAAAAAAGAGGAUGUGCUUUUAAAGGUAGAACAAACCUUCUUCUGUGUUAAAUCAAAAGGAUGUUCAAAAUCCACCAGGGCAGAUGCUACUUAAGUUUAAAUGGAGCCAUAGAUGAUACAAAGUCCUCUUGGGGCUGAAAAUCACUUCCUAUCUGCAUGGCUUUACUAACUGGUUUCUGUUUUCCAUUAUCUUUUUCACAGAAAGAUAUUGGUCAGUAUUUUUCCAGCAUUUAAAUUGAAACGGUCAGUAUCAGACCACUGCUAGGUUAUGUAGUCAAGAAAUAAAAAUAGAAUUACAUGCUACAGAUGUCUUUAUUCUCCUUCCAUCUAGAAAGGAGUUCCAAGGUCAAAGUACUUUUUAGUGCAAUAGUUAAAUGACAUUUUGAGAUCAUAACUCUUAUCCAAAAAGUUGCAGGGAAAAUUAAAUAGUUUUCCCCUAUUAAGCAAAUGGCAAACAAAACUUAAGUGGACCCCCAUUUCCAGUGGUUAUUUAGGUUGCAGUUGUGAAAAUAUGCUGCCAACACUUAAAAACUAAUUUCAUAUGUAUAUAUGUAUAUACAUAUAUGAAUAUGCAUGUACAUAUACAUAUAUGAGAACAUGUAUGUACACAUAUAUGCAUAUAUAUGAAUAUAUAUGUAUAUGUGUGUAUAUAUGUAUAUGAAAUGAGAGCCGGAUCUAAAGAUUUCUUAAAUCAAGUUUGGUUCAGCUUCCUUAGAAGUACGGCUGUACUUUUUGAGGAGUGCCUCAUAGUACUAUACUUUUAAUGCAUGCAAAUCAUAAUAACUCCAAAUGAACCACAAUUUUUUUCCCAAUGGAGGAUUUUUCUUUUAAAUUCUUGUACUAAAAAUUAAAAAAUCCAUACCAAAUACUUUACAAAUUAAGAUUGGUGUACGUUUUAAAAAAGGCAUUUGUAUGUUGUUAGCUUACAUAUGGGGCUAGGUAAUUUCAUUGCUUACAAAAAUAUGCCCAGGCUCCCUCUUGGUGGCUGGAUUUCGUUUUUUUCCCCCCAUGGUGGCCAUGGUUCUUAAUAGGGCCACCAGAAUCAUGGUUUCUUUUCUUUUCUUUUUUUUUUUUUUUGAGAUGGAGUCUCACUCUGUCGCGCAGGCUAGAGUGCAGUGACACGAUCUCGGCUCACUGCAGCCUCUGCCUCCUGGGUUCAAGCAAUUCUCCUGUCUCAGCCUUCUGAAUAGCUGGGACUACAGGCGCAUGCCACUAUGUCCGGCUAAUUUUUGUAUUUUUAGUAGAGACGGGGUUUCACCAUAUUGGUCAGGCUGGUCUCGAACUCCUGACCUCAGGUGAUCCACCUGCCUUGGCCUCCCAAAGUGCUAGGAUUACAGGCGGGAGCCACCAUGCCCUGCCCCAGAAUAAUGGUUUCUUGACUUUCCAUAGCCCUUGUUCCUUAGUCUUUUGUGAUAUUUAUGUUGACCUUUAUCACUUUCUAUUCUGAACCCCUCUUAGCAUUUAAUGUGAAAUCUAAGAAAUCAGAGAGAAGUAGAAUGGCUUUUAUUGUUUUGACACCUUUGAAAUUAUUAUUAGUAAUUUUUCCAGAGCAAAAAAUCAAACACGCUCAAUAAGUCUAACCAAAACAAAAUAUAAAUGUACAUCAUUUAAUGUCUCAGUGGCUCUAUCUACCUGUAAGAAAAUGAUACAAACCACCUAAGGUAUUUUGAAGCCUGACAAAUCAACUUCAUGGAAAAAGGUAAAAAAUGCAUUUUUCAACCCAAGGAAAAGAUGACCGAAAGGGCAGAUCCAAUAGAGGACCCACUCCUUAAAUAAACAUAAAAUGUAAAAAGUUGGAAAAUUAGGAGUAAUGUUCCAUCUGGAAACUGAACUUUUUAUCCUUGAACUUGUGUUGGCACCAAGCCUCAUACACAGUGAGCUCAGUAACUGUCUGUUGGGACAAAGGAAGGAAGGACAAAAUGUGUAACUCCCCAGCAUCUGGGAGAUGCUGUCUCUUGCCUCGCUGAGUGUUCCUUUUAUUUGCUCUCAUGUCAUUCCCUGAGAACAACGAAUUCUGGGACAGGCUAAACAUCAUGACAAAAUUUCUUAAACAGACUUUCUGAGUGGAAAUCCAUUUAGAUCUGUGUAUGCUCUAUGGGGAGUGCUGACGUCAGAGUAAACGUCUAUAAGGGGCCCUUUUAAAAUGAACAUUUUCCUCAUUGAGCAAGCUGGGAUUCUCUAAUCAUGUAGAAAUCAAACCAUCUUUAUAAUUUCACUUCAAAUGUUUAUGGUUUUGUGUUUUUGUCUCCAAUGAUGGUAAAAAUAAAAAACACACGUUACUUAAAGGAGUUUCCCUCACAUGUAAACACUGUUAGGAAGUCUGGAUUAAGUUGAAAGUCUUGUUUUAACUAUUAUUUUCUCUCAUAUACCAAACACUCUGUAUUUCUCUUAAAGAAGCUCUUUAAGAGAAAGCCCUAAUUUUAAAUCUGACAGUAAAGUUUGCUGCAAGUGUAUGAGUUCAAACACAUCCCUUGUUUUCUGUCCCUAGGGGAAAAGUCAUGUGGUUUUAGCUUGGCUCCUGUGUUAAUAUUAUAUUCAGUAGCAGGCUUAGAAGAGUGGUCUAAGACUCGAACCUGGAGCAAUUUUAUAGCUCAGAAUCCUAUGAAGAUAGGACUGUGAGCAUUUGUUUUCUUUUUUUGUGUGUCAAACUAAUUGGCUUUUGCUUUAGCAAUAAAAUGUCCUCAACAGAAUAAAUUUUAAAUGUGAAAAUUAUAGAUCUUGGUAUUGAAUCCAUCAGUGAUUCAAGAGAUACACCUAUUUGCCUAAAACAACACAAGAUGUAUUAGUUAUGGAAUUACAUGUUGGAUAGGUUCUUAAAACCUGUUUCCUCAAUUCUUGACACAGUUUUCAAGGGUGGCUUUUUGACUUGCACGGUUGGGCAGAUAAUCCAGAUUUACCUAAGAUUGGGUAAAAAAGUGAUCUGUGACUUUGCUGGCAGGGCAUUUGCUAAAUGGAGUACAGGAUCUAACAGGGUUUUCUUAGAAAGGGCAAGAUUGUCCAAUGAAGGAAGCAGAAGGACUCUGGGUUAGAAGGAUCUGCACAAAAGCUGGUGAGACCUACUCUCCACUGCUCUGCAGCUGGUCAGCUGAUGGCAGGCUGAGCAGUGGGGAAGCAGGUUUUAACAACAGGUAGUCCUUCCAGGUCACUGUAUAUUGAGAAGAAACAUAAAACUAUUUUGUGUCACAUUCCAAGGUCAGCCUUCUUCUUAACGUUUUAUAGUAUACAAAUGCCAGCUUCUGGAAAGCAAGUGUCAUCAUGUACCAAAUGCUUUAUACACCAUCACAUUCGUGAAUUUUUUAGCAUGGUCAGAACUUGUGUAAAUAUGUCUCUUAGAUGAUUUUGGGGAGAUGUGAUUUAUUUUUCAUAUUUUCAAAAUGCAUUCCAUUUCAAAUAAAGUAUCUAUUGAGACAAC